CAGUUUUAUGUUUUUUUUUCCCACCAACUCAUAAAUAGACUUCAAGAGUUGGUGUUUAGUGUGGAUUGCAGGACUACAGAUUAGACCAUCCAAUCCCUGUUGAACUGACUGAUGCAGAGAACCUCUAAAAUAAAAAGCACUCUUUGAAUUUCUGAAACAUUACAUUGGUGCCUUUAAAAGUCACUUUAUAACUUAAUUGAAGGGAACACACUGAUUAACUUUAUAAAACUAUGUCAUCUUUGAGGACCAUACUGAGGCAAGGACAUUUCUUCACUCUGAUGUUGCUGUCAUGGGUCACUGUGGAGGUGCAGGGUGGUUGUCCACUGAAGUGCUCUUGUCCCUCCUCGCCCCCCUCGUGUCCUCCUGGUGUCAGUUCGGUACUGGACUCAUGUGGGUGCUGUCGUGUCUGUGCCAGACAGUUUAACCAAGAGUGUAGCCAUGCUGAGCCUUGCGACCAUAUCAAAGGACUGCGGUGCCACCUAGUGGCCGAACGAAACCCUGAGAGUGGCUUGUGUAGAGCGGAUGCUCACGGUCGUCCGUGCGAGCUGGAUGGACGGGUGUAUCAGCACGGUGAGGACUUUCAACCUACCUGCGAGCACCAGUGCACUUGUGUUGAUGGAGUCGUGGGUUGCAUUCCGCUUUGUCCACACCGCGUCUCUCUACCGGAUGGACGCUGUUCCCGCCAUCGGCUCACCAAGUUGCCUGGGCACUGCUGCCAGGAGUGGGUUUGUGAUGAUGACAAUCGCAUCGCUGAGGAGGAUCCGGUGCUUGACGAGCAUACACUACUACAACACACUGACCUCACUGGCAACGAGUUGCUUGUAGCUCUGUCGUCUACAUGGGACAGCAGUGCAGGAGACCCUUAUCAAGAGUGGAUUUCAUCCUCAAAGUCCCAAGCCAUCCUUCCAUCCACCUGCUUCCUGCAGGUCACUGAUUGGUCCCCAUGCUCAACCACCUGUGGAAUGGGUGUAUCCAGCCGUGUAACUAAUAGUAAUGCUGAGUGCCGGCUCGUCAUGGAAACUAGGCUCUGUCAGAUCCGAGAAUGUGGCGUCAACCUUGCACCAUCCCUAAUGAAAGGAAAGAAGUGUCAAAGGACCACACGGCCGCAGAAACCUUUGAAAAUCACAUUUGUAGGUUGCUUCACUGCUCGCCAUUACCGGCCUCGUUCAUGUGGCUCCUGCUCAGACGGUCGUCUCUGCAUUCCCUCCGUGACACGAACAGUUCGUCUACACUUUCACUGUCCUGGGCCAGAACAAGAGGACUUUACCCGCAAUGUCAUGUGGAUACAGCGUUGCAACUGCAGUCAAAGAAACAACAGAGAAGGCUUGUCAUCACAAGCAGAGUUGUUCAAUCUGCCAAAUGAUAUCCACACAUACACACACUGAUAUUAGUUCAAGAACUUACACAUAUGGGAUUCUGAAUUCUCUAUGGAUUUGCUGUACUCAGUCAUUCUGUGGAAACUUCUUAGAUCUGCACCCAUCAGUACAGGGCUUUAUAUAUAAGUUUAUAACAUUGGCAUUGUGGUUUUGUCUUACAGAGGUUGUAUGUUCAGAGGACAUUUGGUUUGAUAGAAGACAGUUUUUGUUUUUAACAUUUCACACCAUAAUUCAGAAUUGGAUACACUGACAUCACAAUUGUAUUCAUAAAGCCAGAUUUAUUGUACAUACUGUAAAUAUGUACUGUAUCAAUCCAAGUGUACAUAUCUGAUUUGAAUGAGUUUUCCUUGUCUAAUAUUUAUCCAAACUUCAUUUAUUAUGAAGUGUCAUAUCCUCAAGUUGUUUUUGAGGUGAAUAACAAAUAUUUUAUGCAUAUUUAAAAUUAGUUUAUUUUUGUAAAUAAAA